CGCAAAGCAUAGUAACAGGAGCCGUCGUCGGGCAGAACCUCUUUUCACCUUAAACAAGAUGCGUCACGUUGCUGCUUUGCUGUUGUGUGUGCUCGGCGGAAAUGCCACCCCCGCCGUGGCUGACCUUGAGAAGGUCGUGAAGGCUUUCGGCGGCGAGUUCGACCAGGAGCAGGCCGAGAAGCUCGUGAAGGAGCUUGAGGGCAAGAACAUCGAGGAGGUGAUCGAGGCUGGCAAGGCCAAGCUUGCCACCGUGUCGGUGGGCGCUGCCCCUGCCGCUGGCGCUGCUGCUGGUGGUGCUGCUCCGGCCAAGGAGGAGGCGAAGGCCGUGGAGGAGGAGGAAGAGGUCGACAUGGGCGGCGGCAUGGACAUGUUCGGCGGAGACGAGGACUACUAGGCGUCGUUUACGGGAAACUGUCACGUGACCUACCUCGGGUCGGGUAGUAACUUCAGUUUAAUCGAACGCAUGACAGCCAUGCAUGUGUCACCAUUCGCACACAACACAAUGGGUCUUCUGUCUACGUCAGGCAAAAUGACCGCUGGGGGU